AUGCAGAGCCCUUUCGACCUCAGCAUCUUCAUGAGUUCGGCUAUGACCAACGGCUUCCUUGAGGUCAUGGGCGUGGUAAGAUGCAACCGGCAUUACAUAGCGGCAAGAUCUGAGUUGUUGGAGCAAAGCAAGAACUCAAACAAAGGCCUUGCCAGAUCCAUUCGCAUCUGGGCCGAGCUCGAGCAGAUGACGAAAGACAUCGACAGUCUGGGCAAGAUAGUCGGCUUCGUCGACCGAGGCAAGAUCAACCGCGCGUUCAAGGAUACCAAAGUGCUGGCAAGAGACGCAGUGGUUUGGCACCUCGUCGGUUGCUUCAGGACGUGGCGGGAUAACAGGUUGAUUCUGGAGCGGUCGUUUCUGGAGAUCGGCAAGAAUAACAACCUUCAGUCGCAGAUGAUUCAAUCCUUGUACAAAGUCCAGUCAGAGAUACUUCUCAGCAUGAUGUCGAGCUACUGGGUGUGGGAAGUGUUCGCAAGAAAUGUUUGCGGAAACUGCGAAGAUAGCAAGAACUUUGCCAUACUCCAACGAGCACUUCGCCAUUCGCUUUGUGCCUGGGCUCGGGUUCGGCAAGAUGGUAUGUACAGCGGCAUCCUAAUGUCGGACGACGGCCAGAGGAAAUUUGCCGAUUUGGAGGACAUCAUCUUGCAAGAGAUCGCCAUUCUAGGCUGCUCGAUCGGAGGCAAGACCUUGGCCGCGAACUUUAGUGAGCUAGAGCAGAUCAUUCGUGAAGAAGCAAGAAGCAACGUGCUUACACUGAACAUGGAAGAUCUGCUCAUCACGUUGCUGGCGUCUGCUCAUCGACGCUGCCAGAUGAAGACCUUGCAAGACUUCAUCCUGUCGGAUAAUGUCUGGAAGCGCACAUACACAUGGGUGCAGAAAAGACUCCGGCAAGAAGUCGGUUUCACCGACACGGACUAG